AUGUCCAACGGCUACCUCGCCUCACCACUCUCCCCACCCCGCCCCACAUCUCGCCCGUCCUCGCGCGGCUCGAUCCGCUCCGCCGGACGCUCGAGCAGCCCCAGUGUAUCAUUAGGCGACGACCACGUGGCCAUCCGCACGCAGAUGUCCACGCUGAAGCACAACAUCCGCCACCAACAAGCCCAGCUCGCGACGCUCGAGAAGGAAGUCCUCCGCGGCCCCCGCCCGCUCCCUCCAGGCAUAUUCAACUCGCCUCCGAUGUCCCCCGCCGAGCUCGACGCCGCAGCGCCCCCGAGCUCGUACACGCCCCGGAUCGCGCGCCGGAGCAGCUACGACGCGCUGCAGGGCCUCGCAGGGCCCGAUUCCAGCCUUCCGCUGCCCCGGAGAGAGAGCGAGAACAGCAUUAGGGAGGGUAUCCCGACGUCAUCCGGGUCAGGGCAGCGAGCGUCAAGUCCUACGCGGACACUUAGCCGCAUCCCUGUCUCAUCCGUAGGAAACGCACGUGCACUAGCCGAGGAGGACAGCGGGAACACGUCCCACCAUUCGAAUCACUUGUCCGUGUCGACGUCGUCUAUGGGCGGUGGAUCCUCACCGCGACGACAGUCAUUCGCACCGGGUAACACGACGAAGGUGCUCGCGGAUCUGCAGGCGGGCGUCCUAAACGCCAAGAAUGCGCUGGAGAACACGAAGGCGCAGCUGCGCGUGAGCCAGCGGCAGGUCAGCCAGCUCACGCGGCAGACGGAGGACCUGAAGGAGGUGCGGGAGCGGUUGAGGCUGGAGAAUGAGGGCCUGAACAACGUUGUGGCGAGGAAGGAGCGGUUACUGCAAGAGGUGCUUGACCGAGCACGGAAAGCGGAGGCGGAGGUAAUCACGCUGAGGUCGUCGCUGAAGAGCGAGACAUCGACGUCGAAGAAGACUAUCCGCGACAUGGAGGCCUCCCUCACCGAGUGCACGGCGCGCACGCAGAAGGCGGAACGGGAGUACACGGUGCUACGGGACUCGAUCAAGGGCCUCGUGGAGUCGUUCCAGACCGACGCGGUGAACCUCCGAGAGGAGAUGAAACGACGCGAAGACAAGCUAAAGGGCGAAGCAGAGGAGAUGGGCCGCAAGUAUCGUUUGCUACUGGAGGAGAUCCAGAAGGAACGAGAGGACGGCGGAGAGGGUAUCGGCGAGCUGCGGCGCCUGACAAGAGAGAACGAACGAAUAGGCAAGGAGAUCGAGGACGGCCUGCGGACGGAAAUGCGGCAACUGCGGGCGGAGGUCGACCGGUCGACGACGGAGAGCGAGGAGGCGACACAGACCGCAAAAAAUCUUGCCGCCGAGCUCGGUCGUCUACGCAGGCUCAUGCGACAAGCGGGUGCCGCUGCAGCGCAGGACGCGCGUGGCGGACCGUCAUGA